AUGGCGAAGGACAAAGCACCGGGCCCGGAUGGAUUCUUGAUGGAUUUUUUUCAGGCUUGUUGGGAUGUCGUGAAAUGUGAUAUUAUGCAGGUUUUCUUAGAAUUUCACUCUUACCAGAAAUUUGAAAAAAACCUCAAUGCGACGUUCAUCGCUCUUAUACCAAAGAAACAUAGGGCUAAGACAGUUGAAUAUUUCCGCCCCAUAAGCCUUGCGAGUGGAGUAUACAAAAUCAUCUCAAAGGUUCUUGCUAAUCGGCUUAGCCCGGUGUUGGAACAUAUUAUCUCUAAGCCUCAAAAUGCUUUUAUUCGGAGGAGACCGAUUCUAGAUUCGGUACUUAUUGCCAAUGAGUGCUUGGAUCAUAGGAUGCUGGAAGGUGUCCCAGGUUUGAGUCAAGGGGAUUCUUUGUCUCCUCUCCAGUUUGUCAUUGUUAUGGAGGCACCUGGUCGGAUGGUGAAGGCUAGUGUUGGAGGAGGGUUUCUUUCCCGGUUUUCAAUGGGUAAUGGCACGAAUGGCCCUUCUUUACUCUCACAUCUAUUAUUUGCAAAUGAUACUCUCUUAUUUUGUGAUGCGGAUCUUGGUCAGAUCCAAUCUCUGCAAGUUCUUUUGUUAUGUUUUGAAGCAGUGUCGGGGCUUAAGGUCAACCUUGGUAAAUCUGAGAUGGUUGUGGUGGGUGUGGUGCCUAAUAUUAACAGCUUGGCGCAUUUUUUGGAUUGUAAGGUGUCUUCCUUGUCCCAUGAAAUAUUUGGGACUCCAUUUGGGGGCGAUUUUUAA